CGACGCAUGCGCAGUUCAACGCACUAGUAGCGUGGCAAGUCGCCAGUGCGCAGCCUCAGUCACACGUGUUUCUCCGGUGCUGCUGCUGCAGAUCGCUGCUGUGCGGGAGGCCCCGGUCACGGAUCAUGUUACCGUUCUCGUUACGGCGCCUGGCCCAGCCUUUAAGAAGAUGCAGCCAUAUUCGAAACCAACAUACAAAACCAGCAUCUCAAGCUGGGAACCAGUUCUGGAACGGGCAAGAAAGCUUGGCUGAGAAUGAUCCUCAAAUGUGGGACCUUGUACAGAAGGAGAAGGACAGGCAAUGUCGUGGACUAGAGAUGAUUGCCUCCGAGAAUUUCUGCAGUCGAGCAGCUUUGGAAGCACUUGGUUCCUGCCUCAACAACAAAUACUCUGAGGGCUAUCCUGGGAAGAGGUAUUAUGGAGGAGCUGAGGUGGUGGAUCAAAUAGAGUUGCUGUGUCAACGCCGUGCAUUGGAGGCCUUCAGUUUGGACCCAGAAAAGUGGGGUGUAAAUGUGCAGCCAUAUUCUGGGUCUCCAGCCAACUUUGCAGCAUAUACAGCUCUGCUUCAGCCACAUGACCGCCUCAUGGGGCUUGAUCUUCCAGAUGGAGGGCACUUAACCCACGGAUACAUGUCUGAUGUCAAGCGCAUUUCUGCUACCUCUAUAUACUUUGAAUCUAUGCCUUACAAGCUAAAUCCAGCUACUGGGUUGAUCGACUAUGACCAACUGGAGGUGACAGCCCGACUCUUCCGUCCAAAACUCAUCAUCGCUGGGACAAGCGCCUAUGCAAGACUGAUCGAUUAUGCCAGGAUGAGGAAGAUAUGUGAUGACGUGAAGGCGUACCUACUGGCUGACAUGGCACACAUCAGUGGUCUUGUAGCAGCGAGAGUUAUUCCAUCUCCUUUUGAUCAUGCCGAUGUGGUCACCACUACAACCCACAAGACUCUCCGAGGAGCCAGGUCUGGACUGAUAUUUUACCGUAAAGGUGUGAAAUCGGUGGAUAAGAAAACUGGAAAAGAAAUUCUUUACAACUUUGAAGAUAAAAUCAACUUUUCAGUUUUCCCUUCCAUCCAGGGAGGUCCUCAUAACCAUGCGAUAGCGGCUGUAGCCGUGGCACUAAAGCAGGCCAGUUCUCCGAUGUUUCAGGAAUAUGCCGCACAGGUCCUGAAAAAUGCCAAGGCCAUGGCCGCCUCCCUGCUCAAGAAGGGUUACACGCUGGUAUCAGGAGGUACUGAUAACCAUCUGGUGUUAGUAGACCUGAGGCCCAAGGGUCUGGAUGGAGCACGAGCUGAGAGGGUGCUGGAACUUGUGUCUAUAACUGCUAACAAGAACACGUGUCCUGGUGACAAGAGUGCUCUUACUCCUGGUGGUCUGAGGCUGGGUGCUCCUGCUCUUACGUCCCGGAAUUUCAGAGAGGCAGACUUUGAAAAAGUUGUUGAUUUUAUUGAUGAUGGCAUCAAGAUUGGUCUUGAUGUGAAAAGCAAGACAGCUAAAUUGCAAGAUUUUAAGAACUUCCUUUUGGAGGACCAAGACACAGUACAUCGCAUUGCAGAUCUCCGUCAACGUGUAGAGAAGUUUGCCCGUGCCUUCCCUAUGCCAGGGUUUGAGGAGCGUUAAACUUACGAGAACAAAGGCUACUUCAUUCUGCUGUCUGUGCCCUGUCUGUACCUUUUCCUUUAGACACUCUUUCCCAUUACGUACUAUGCAUUGCUCCUUCUCCAAAUCUUUUUCUACUUUUCUGCUUUUUCUGACGCAGACUUUUUCCUCCAGGAUCGCUUUUACAUGCAAGAACUCAAUAUAGGACUCUAUGGACAGAUUGUGCAGCCGCGGCAAUGAAUGUUGUGGUGGCAUUUGUAGACUGCAGUGUCUAGUGAAGGUCAAUAAAAGCAAUAACAUCCAUUGUGUGGACUCCUUUCCCAUCUUAAAUGAAGACUUGCCAACAAGUACAACCUCAGCCUUUUUUUUUUUUUUUUUUUUUUUUUUAAACUUUGCCA